ACGACAGGAAGAACUUUGGCGCGCGAAACGCUUUGGAGCGGGUACCUGAUAUUGCGGGUCAUCGAAACAAGGUUUAUUCGUCUCAUGUCACGACUUUGUUGUCCACGUUGUUCGAGAUCUCCGUUUCCGCUUAGUGUCCAUGGCGAGCUUGCCUGAGACUAUAAAACCCUCACGUUGGAAUGGAGGGUUUUGAUCAUUAUCACAGAAUUCAUCUAAAAUGGCGCACUAUUCCAACUCACCUACUGUCCACAACGGACCUCCGACGCAUCCUGCAUUACAUGUCCGGGAUGCCAAAGAUGCGCACGUUGUCCUCGAGGCCGUGCGCCUCAAUAUGUUACCAUUGAUCAAGCGGCGACUUACUGCUUCAGAAAGAGAGCAGGUGUCCUCCGGGAACGUCUUCGUCUGGGAGGAGGCCGAAAACGAUGGGGGACUCCUACGCUGGACAGACGGACGUAGAUGGUCGCAAAGUCGGAUGCGUGGUGAUUACUUAUUCUACGAGGAGAAGAUGGAGACAACUCAGGAAGAAAAAGAUGCUAAAGCUGCUUUAAGAGCGCUUCGUACUGCGGAUCCACUCGCUGUGGCUCCUCCGACAAAUAGACGAAAAGAUCGUCCCAAUCGUCCGAAUGGACUGACAAAACAAACUUACUCCGCAUUAGUCUACCUUCCGGGCUCAAGUCUCCCGCGUAAAUGGCAUGUCGUUGCAUACUUCACAGGGGAUGACUAUUCUCAACUUCCUGUCAUUGAAAGUUACGAUUACCUUCGAAAUUUGAAAGUUCCGGCUGGCAUCUUUGUCUCCAGCAAAGCCAACGGAUCUCGUACCGAUCGUUUCUCUUAUGCCACUGAUGGAAUGGAGCCAUACAAUUCGGCGGGUCAUGUACGUGGCCACACAAGUCAGUAUUCUACACUUCAAGGAAGUCCCCGACACCCAAUUUCUUCCUCUUCCUCGUCAAUACCAAUGCCUUUAUCUCCUACCCAACAUCAUCCAAGAUCUCCGCCGUCAUCGGAUGCUGCCAUGGGGUCUGGACGUGCAGAGACGUCCCUACCCAGCAUUUCAAUCCUGACCAGUCUACGUGAUACUCCAGAAUUUCGACAACCUCAUUCCUCACAGUCUGUACGACCCGGACAUCUAACGACUUACAGUCCCUUGUCCGCAGAAGACAGACGUGUACUCAAUAGGUUCAAAGUCGUAUUAUAGUACUCCCCUUCCCGUCCCGGACAUUUUUUUUGCCUCAGACAUUAAAGACAUUCUGCAUUCAUUUUUGUUCCUUGGUAACCGCCAGUACUUUU